AUGGCUGAAAUUAUUCAAACUAACAGUAAAUCAUUUCAUCAUCCUUUACUCUCACCUAUUAAAUCAGCUUUCACAUUAGAGUGUGAAAUUCUCCAUCAUCUUCUACAAGCUCAGUUGUUAUUAUGUGAUUGGCAAUUUCUAGCUUCCUUGAUACAACUACAACAAGCUAACACUAGACUACAGAGCUGGGCCACACUCGCUGUUUUACACGACUUAGAAAAGAUUAAAAAAUCGUCGAAGAGUAACCAGAAAAAUAGUUCUAUACCAGCUUUGUUUCUAUGGUUACAGAGAUUUAAAGGUCUGCUAGUAUCUAAGUUUAGUUUAUAUUUUUACGAGAUAUUAUCCAGACAGACUCAAGGUGAUAUUAAAAUGUUUACAGCUAAAGCAACAGAAGAUUUCGUAGGCAGGUUACAAGCGUUUCAGAAGAAAUAUGAUUCUACCAAUAUCUAUAUGAUACUAGACACGAACGGACAAAGAGAGAUUUAUAAAGGCCCAGGGUAUCAUCAUCCUGAUAAAUAUAUUGAGGUUCCUAAAGGAAAAGAUACCUAUCCUUUCAUUUUAUCUCUACCUCAGGAGAAACCAGCUGAGAAUAUCCAUGCUGGUAUUUUAAUGAUGUUGAAUGAUAGAGAUAUGAGUGAACAGGUUUCAAACGGACAAGAGAAAGUUAAAUGUGUAUACGAUAAGUCCAAUCAGAGAACGUUUUACAUCUGUCGUUUGGAGCAUCGAAUCUCCAUGGUGAUUUUAUUUGAUACCAAAAAAUCUGUUCGAGAUUCAAACGUUAAUAAUUUUCUAUUGGAUUUGAGUUCUCAACUAAAAUGUCAUAAAGUUAUAGCCAGUUUAAAACCUGGAGUUAAAACUUAA